CCCCUUUCAAAGUUGCCUCCCAGGGGGUGGGGCCCCGCGGCCGACGCGGCAGAACAUGGCGCGCGGCGGCCCUGGGCGCAGCGAGCACGUCGUGGCCGCGGCGCUCCGAGCUGGCUGGGCCAAGUUCGGGGCCCCGGAGUUGGACGAGGGGGCCUCGCGGACACUGUCGGCGUCGCUUGCGCAAUCUUAGCCCGGGGGGUGGGUGGUCAGCUUGGCAGGACGGGUGGGAGGGGGGGGGUGGAGCAGCUGGGCCCCCUGCUGCUGGAGCAGGGGCUGAAGGAGAAGCAGGUGGCCGCCCUCGCCAGGGCCAUCGCCCGCCUCGGUUCCGCCUCGGCGCCGGCACGGAGCAGGGCCGAGGCUGCUUCGCCGGCGUCCACGGCGCUUGUCAGCAGAGGCGGCGGCGAGCCGGGCUCGAUGCUCUGCUGCGUGCCUGAUAUCAUUUUGAUGUACAUGGGCAGCACCGAUCUGCUACUCAAGGGCACCACGUUCUCGCUUGCCAGGGGCCACCGCUACGGCGUCGUCGGCAGGAAUUCGCAGAAGCAAAAACACUGCCGCCGAAGCCUCGCGGACGGGGCCAUUGCGGAGCUCGCCGCCAGCGGGCUGCGGUUCGUGCACAUCCGCCACGAGGCCCUGGGCGACGAGGCGGACCUCGCCGCGCCCGCCGAGCACUUCGCCCGCGGGGUGGUGUGGCCGCCCGGGUGCCCCCGCCCGCCCGCGUACGCGGAGGACCCGCUGGAGCUCGCCUUCGAAGAGGUCGGCUUCUCCGAGGAGCUCCGGCGCAGGCCGCUCCGGGAGCUGUCGGGCGGCUGGCGCGUGCGGCUCCUGCUGGCCACGGCGGUCGCCCGGCGCGCGGACGUGCUGCUGCUGGACGAGCCAACGAACCACCUGGACAGCCAGGCGAAGGACUGGCUCGCCUGGUGGCUGACCAGCGACCCACGAGGCGUGACCAGCAUGCUGGUGUCGCACGACCGGCAGUUCCUGGACAUGGAUCAGGGCGUCUGCACGGACGUCAUCCACUUCGAGGACUGCCAGCUGAGAUACUACGCUGGCAACUUCUCGCGCUUCCAGGAGCAGGCUGGGCUGGUCGGCGACGCGGCGGCGGAGGCCGUGUUGACAGUGCGCGGCGGCGGCGGCGCUGCGGCGGCCGCAGGCGUUCGGUCGUCCGCGCGCGUGCCAGCGGUCGGCGCCGAGCGCGCGGUUGAGACCGUGCCGCCGAAGAUGUUGUUCCCGAUCCCAGUAGAGUCGAGGGCGUGUCUAACUCCAAGAAGAGUGUGA